UGAAUUUCCGUAUGAGACUAAUCGGCGCUUGUUCGAUCUCAGUCUUUCUCUACACAGAGUGACUCUUGUUCUUUCCCUGCAACCGUUAUGUCCCGGAUCCUCAAAUCGGUGGAUUACGAGGUAUUUGGCCGGGUUCAAGGAGUUUGUUUCAGAAUGUACACAGAGGAUAAAGCUAGGAAAGCGGGUAUAGUUGGCUGGGUUAAAAAUACCAGACAAGGAACGGUUACUGGACAAGUGCAAGGUCCAGAAGAGAAAGUGAAUGAGAUGAAAGCUUGGCUGACCAGCGUUGGAAGUCCUAGCUCACGCAUUGACCGGACAAAUUUUUCUAACGAAAAGGAAAUCUCAAAACUUGAAUUCUCUGGAUUCACCACCAGAUACUAAAAAAAAAAAAAACAAAUCAUAGAAUUAUCUUUAUUUCUCACAUUGCAUCAAACUUUCUAUGUCUCCCUAAACCUUAUUUAGUUCUCUGGCCAAUGAGUGUUCCUCUCCCAACGGUAUUCAAAUCAGAAGCUACCUGUCAUCAUUAUUCCUAGAUGGAAAAUACCAAAUGUAUCACAUUAAAUUUUGGUGGUAUUUUUGCACAUGAGGUAACUGUGCUGAAAUAAAUUUUGAGUGUCAUAAAACUAGUUUAACUCUUGUUUGGGUGGAGCUACUUCCUCUUUGUUGCUCCACUCCUUGUUUCUUCUGUUUUCAUCUUGAUACUACCCAUACAAUGGGAGGGGAGGGGUUCCAUGACCUUGGCCUUCUUACUAAUCUUUUAUUCUAUUUUUAUUGACGUUCCUCUUUUUGCCUUACUGUUGUAUUGAGGUAAAGCAAAGUAAAAGAACAGAUGGUCAGAGUAAUCUGAAAUCAAGAAACAGCUUCUCGCAGAGGUGUGAGCUCUGACAAGUGGCCGUUAUACCAACCUCUGACAUCUCCAGCUUAGGAAAUACUUAAAUGUGUCCAGUGAAAGGAAAAUAACAUCUGAGAAAAUUAUUUUUUUGAGCAUAUGUGAUCCAAGCGAGAAGAGCUUUUCCGGGUUGCUUCUAUGAGUUAUUCUCAGUGUGCUAAUGGAAAAAAAGAUGGAUAUUUAUUUCUCCAGAGAUGAAAAUUGAGCAUUUUCCAUGGCAUUAUAUAUGAUCAUUGACUCUAGGUUUGCUCCUUCAAAUAUCAAGGCAGGAUAGAAUAACAAUGGAUUGUCUAUUUUCACUUGUGCCAACAAUAUUGGCAAACUGCAAAUAUGCAAAACUACUGACAUUUAUAUGUAUCAUCUAAGCAGGCAUUCCCAGGAAACUAUUGAUCUGAGUCAUUAAUAAAGCAUGAAUUCAUUGCUAGUUCAAAUGGGCACUUGAAAAGGCCUACCAUGUUUAUGAAAAAGAGUAUUUUUUCCACAACUAGAUUAAUUUCCAUUGGUUCUUUUAUUCAAGUUCUUGCCUGCUUAGUAAGUUGUUAUAAUUACAAACACACACGGCUUUUGUGAUCAUCUACAAACAUCCUUUGUUAAACUCCUUAAGGACAACCCUUGUAAAUCUGAAAUACAAAAUGGCAAAGAUCAAGUAUAGGUCUUGUUCAUUAGCCAGAAUAUCUUUCUGAUGGGAACCAGUCUGUAUUUUCUUUUCAGCCAUAAUGAAUAUGAGCAAUAAUUCUAAAAAAAAAGGUUUUUUUACUCAUUCUCUGUUGCUUAAUAUGUUAAGGAAAUAAAAAGAUAAUGUAAGAUUUGUACAGAAUCCCAUAGGUAUCUCUGUGUUUCAAAUGUUAGGUAAAAUACAUAGGAAAAUUAUUUUAGGGAUCUCAAUUUUUUGCUUGUCAUGUUUGUAUAUUUAAACCCAUUCCCUAUCUGAGCAAACUUUCAAAACCGAUGAAUCAGAAAUUCUAGUACAGCAUCUCCCAGUUUAAUAUACUCCCAUCCAGUAUAACCAGAGUGAGCAAUAUGUGAAAAAAUGUUCUCCUGAUGCUAAAAGGUUUUCAGAAAAUAUGGUCAGGGGAUCGGUGGAGUAAAUAUUUCUGAAAUGGUGUGAAGUGCUAGAAUUUCAUGGAAGCUAAUUUUCACAAAAAUUAAUGGGCAGUAAUAUAAGAAAUUAAUAUAUAAUUCAGGAAAAAAGCAGGAGACAUAGACCAACAUCCAGAACAGCAAUCGAUCUAUUCAGAACAUCCAUGCAAAAAUGGAUGAAAACUGUCAAUGCCCUACAUCUAGCAGACCAGGGCGUAAGCCAAAACAUUUUACCAAAGAAAUAGUUCAUAGUCAUUAAAAGUGUAUUCAUUGGAGUGGUAAAUGAGCUGGACACUAACUCAGUUUUAUGAAUGAGUUCAUUCUUGUUUAAUUGAAUAUAGGAUGAAUCUCUUAGAGAAGGAAGGUCAACUGCUUACUUGUUGGACUCUUGUGAAUUGUGAUAAAAAAUCUGCCACAAAGAAACUAGACAAUAUAGGAGGUAUUGUAGGUGUUUUCUUCA